CACAGAGCAACAAACACCUUAUUCUUCUCUCAGAACUUGCUUUCGGUUAACCCAUAGCAAUAGCACGAGAUGAUAGCCACAUCAUCAUUACUUACAUUCAACCAGAAGAUUAUGCAGCGUUGCAGGAAACUCCUGAUCAGACUCACCAGUAGCCGUCCCAAACGCCAUUACCGGCAUUUGAAACUUAACAAGCCUUCUUCUUCGUCAUCAUCAUCUUCUGGGAAGAAAGCCACCAGAGUAGUGUCUUCGUUCUUCCUUGCCUUCCAAAAGAAGAAGCAGAAGAAGGAGAAGAUGAAACGGCUUAACGAACUCAGGAGUUUCUCCGAUUCCGUCAGUGAUAAGAAGGCCGAAUCAAGAAAAAAGGCGUUCCCAUCUAGUCUCACAACGUCUUGCAUUGGUCAAGGGAAGAAGGCUCAUUCACAAAAAGUCUCACAAGAUCUUGAUGCACCUAGAGACAGCACAAGCGCAUUCCUGCCGUGACUAGGCGAGAAGAUCAUCUGUAUUUUGCUUUUCAACUUGAUAUGUGAUGUGGACGUUGUAGAAUCUCAAUGUCAAAUAGUUUUUACACUAAGACUAAGACUCUCUCUAAGAAUGUAUCAUGAAUCCAAAUUAAAUUCUUUGUAGUGCAUAUCUUAAUAAGAUUUGAUGUAUAUGAUUCAAAAAUAUAUAUAUGAAAGAAGACAUUGAAUUGGAACCAGAAAUGAUUGUAGUACAAGAAUCCAGAUAAUUUUCAGAACGAAAGAGAAGAUAGACAUCAAUUGUUUUUGUAUACAUCUAUCCCUAAAAGCACGGACCAAUGGCUUCAUUCCAAUCCCCACAACCUUGCUGGCAUAAUCAAAACUAACCAGGUGAAGAAUAUCCUUGGAUCAGCUCUCUGCAAAAUCUCUCUUGUAUGAUAUGA